AUUCUACCAAUAAUACCCUUUUUCCUUCACAGACCAGGUUUUUGGGGUUUCUCUAGGGUUUACUACUUCUCCAAUCUCAAAUCGCAAAUUUUGAAAAACCCCAUCUAAGCUUUAAUAGAUGCGAAUUCAACUUCCACUUCUGCCGAAUCAUCAACUAAGUAGUAAUAGAAACAUAUUUGAAAUAUGGAAGCUCGAGUCGGUGUAGUGGUGGAAGGAGGACAGAGGGCUCUUAAUACCGCCACCGCUACCGCCGUGCAUAACAGCGUUGUCGACGCCGGAAACAGGAAGCUGUUACAGCAACAACCGCAGACGCAGACACAAAGCUGCCAGCAAUAUCACCAAAGUAAUAAACGGUCGUUGAAUCAGCAGCAAGGCCAUUUGGGGAUCGUCGAGCAUCUUCUCGCCGGAGGAAUUGCCGGCGCAUUUAGUAAGACAUGCACCGCUCCUCUUGCUCGCCUCACCAUCUUGUUUCAGAUACAAGGCAUGCAGUCGGAAGCUGCAAUUUUGAGCAGUCCAAAGAUUUGGCAUGAAGCUUCCCGUAUAGUCAAGGAGGAAGGUUUUAGAGCAUUUUGGAAAGGAAACCUGGUUACUGUAGCUCAUCGGCUUCCCUAUAGUGCAGUAAACUUCUAUACAUAUGGAGAAUACAAGAAAUUCUUCAACUCAAAUCCAGUCUUGCAGAAUUAUAAAGGAAAUGCAGCUGUGGACACUUCUGUGCACUUUGUAAGUGGUGGUUUGGCUGGACUUACAGCUGCUUCAGCUACCUACCCUCUCGAUCUCGUAAGGACACGGCUCUCUGCACAGAGACAUACAAUCUAUUAUCAGGGUAUUGGGCAUGCCUUCCGUACCAUUUGCAGAGAAGAGGGAAUUUGGGGUUUAUAUAAAGGACUUGGUGCAACAUUGCUGGGUGUCGGUCCAAACCUUGCAAUCGGCUUCGCAGCGUAUGAGUCUUUUCGAACAUUUUGGCGCUCUCAUAGGCCUAAUGAUUCAGAUGUCCCGGUUAGUCUUGGUAGUGGCAGCCUCUCCGGAAUUGUUUCCUCGACAGUGACAUUCCCAUUGGACCUGGUGAGAAGAAGAAUGCAGUUGGAAGGAGCUGGUGGGCGAGCGCGAGUGUAUACCACAGGACUCUUUGGAACAUUCAAACACAUAUUUAAGGCUGAAGGCAUAAGAGGGCUAUACAGAGGAAUCUUACCAGAAUACUACAAAGUGGUUCCUGGUGUUGGCAUUGCCUUCAUGACAUUUGAGCAACUGAAGAAGCUCUUAUCCGUCCCCAAUUAAUAUACCUUAGUGUACCUUUAUAGAGUUUGGAGUAGAAGAAACAGAAUAUCAUUUUUCCUAUGGUUGGUAGUAGUUUUUUAUUAUCUUACCGUACAUAGUAGUAGUUGCAGUUUUAGGUGUUUAGGUUUACAAUUUGUUCCUCAUCCUGUCAUCCAUUAGCAUCUCUGACUCUAGAUAACAAUUUUGCCUUGUUCAAGAGCUCUGUCAUUAAGCAAGCUUUAUACUUUUUUGUAUCUCUUUAUGGGUUCUUGAUAUAUGUACCUGCAGAAAGUUUUGGCUGCUUUGUUCUAA